AUGCUCCUUUGGUACCUUUAUAAAAGAGGAACCAAAGGAAGCAAUACCUUAACUCCAGGAAGAGUUAUUAAAUUCCUCUUCAGAAGCACCUUCACUCUAGUUGCCUUCUUGGAGAUGCUCCUUGUGAUGCCUACUCUCUUCCAUGUCUCAGAAGAUCAGAGAGGAAAUUUCAGAGCUGAUACCACCCCAAAUAAGCCAACAGAUCUUGUAGAAGUGAGACAGGAACUGUGUAAAAGUUAUGGCAACUGUGUCAGUAAUAAGGCAUUGUCAAGAAACAACCUGACUUCAGAAGAUAAUUGUCUGUUGAGAAUCUCCUCCCGUUUUCUGGAGUUACAGUUCUAUGUGGAGUACAUGCAGAAAACGUUUCAUAAUACCACAGCAAAUGACAAAGCUGAAGACUUGUCUGCUGCAGACCCUGAAAGAUGA